GGAAUUUUCUAAUGGUAGCUGUUAUGUGUUUGAUUUUGGACUGUUCACUGAAAGCAUAAAGAAAAGGAGGGAUUUUUAUGGGCUGAAGAAAAUCAAAGCAUGGAGGUGGAAGUAGAGGGUGAAGAUGGUUCCAAAUUGGCACUGGUAAAUGAUGAAAAAACUGUGUUUGGACGAGGUUGUGGAUUCAGCACCCACGACCGGACAGUUUCUCGUCGCCACGUGUGUUUCAAACUCCACCGUUCAGACUCAGACGUUGCUGAUGAUAAUGCUAGGGUUUCGUUCGAAGUGAUGGGGAAGAACCCCUUUUGGGUGUACGACGGAGAAACGCUUCGGUUCUUCAGAAAGUUUGAGAAGGGUCACUUGCAACCCGGAGACCGUUUCUGUUUCUCUCCCAACGCACCUCUCUGGUACUCUUUCACUCUCAGCAACAAGCAACCUCUUCCUCAGCUUAACCUUGACGAAAUCAACAUUUCGGAAAUCGAUCCCGUCAAAGAGUUUGGUUUUCUUGUGAUGGGGCACGAGUUUGACAACUAUCCUAAGGGGAUGAUUCGGAAUGCGAAGAAUUGGGAGUGGUUCCUUGAGGAACCUAGAAAGGAUAGCGAAGAUGAGGAAGAUGAUAGUGAGAAGAAGAGGAGGAGAAUGAGGGGAAAACGAAAACUGGGUAAGGUAAAUGAAGAUGAUGAAUGGACUGGUGAAAGUGAAGAUGAUAAGGGCGUUGUUGUCAGUAUGCAGAAAAAGAAGUUGCCCAGGUACUCCACAAGGUUAAAAGAUAGGAAAGGAGGUAACAAAGAUACCACCAAAGCUAGUAAAAAUUCUAAAGGAAAGAAAACAACAACCGAUGAAGAAGAAGAAGAAGAAGAAGAUGAAGAUGAUGAAGAUGAUGAGACACUGAGUGGGUUCAUUGUUGUUGAUGAAGCUGAUGAUGAUGAUAAGGAGGAGGAAGAUGAAGAAGAAGAGGAAGAGUUUGAUGAUGAUGAUGAUGAUUAAAGCCAAGAGUUUCAAACACUGCAAUUGGAGCCUUGUAGAAGACACUGAUUAUUGCCAAAUUCAACACCAACGCUCAAGCAAAAGGUGGAAGUGGGUAUCAAAAGCAAUCAGAACGUGACUGAACCAGAUUCAUGUAUGAUGCAGAUUACAAGUACAUGUCCAAAAGCUGUAAGAAGGAUUAAGAACAUUUGGAUCACAGGUUUAGUUUUGAACACACAUUUUCUCUUCAGCAGUGGGGUUUUCUUGGAUUUUCUUUCUUUUUCUGUUUCAGUAUAUUGAAAUUGUAGUGAUAUUGGUCAAAGCACAAUUACUUAACCUUUGUGAAGUUACUUCAAUCUGUGAUGAGAAGUUGAAGAAAAGUGCACCCUUUGAGUUUAGUGUACUAUAGAAUUGUACCUGUUUUGUUAUUUAAGAGAAUCAGAACUCAUCUAUGGGGUUAUCCAUUAA